AUGGGGGGCAAGGUGUUCUCGGAGCCAAGAGGCGAUCAGGCCGCCCUCCGGACCCCUCGAAUGAGCGAGGCUGUCUACACUCGCACAAGGGAUUUCUGCAUCGACAAGCUUCGGCAGAGCUUCGAGGUCGUGGUCGCGCCGCCAGAAGCCCCGGGCAAACUAGACUAUGGGGACGUGGACACUCUCGUCCAAGGACUUCGACCGGGAUUCACAUGGGAAGAAGUUGGGAAGCGAUUAAACGCCGUCCGCACGGUGAGGAAUGGAGAGACGCGAAGCUUCGCUGUUCCUAUCGUAUGUUCUGACAGUGAUGGUGAUGACGGCGAGGAGGACACGUAUGCGCAGGUCGAUGUGCAUGUGUGCCGUCCUGGAUUUAUGGAGUGGGAGUGCCUGCUUGACUCGUAUGGUGAUAUGUGGAAGAUCGUGGGCAAGUUUAUGAGGCCGCUCGGCCUGACCGCGACGGAUAAGGGGCUUCAUGUUCGCAUUGCGGAGAUCGAACCGUUGAAUCGAGCGUAUAGCAUGGUCUACCUCACGCAUAGUCCGAUGGAUGUGCUGGACUUCGUGGGGCUGGAUGUGGAGCGGUAUCAACGCGGCUUCAAGACUCUCGAUGAGCUCUACGGCUGGUGCGCGAGCGCGAAAUAUUUUCAUCGUGAUGCGCAUUCGUCUGGCUUGGAGACGUCGAAUGACCGGCAGAGAAAGAGAAAGAGGCCGAUGUAUCGAAACUUUGUUGAUGAAUGGAUCCCUCGAAAUGCUGACUUGUGGCAAGAUAAGAAGCCAGCCUCGAGAGAGGAUGUUGUCCAGCAAGCGCUACUGCGGUUCGGAAAACAAGCAGAGUACGAAGAAAGGGUUACAGCAUGGAGGUAUAAAAAAGAGGAAGAGGAACUCUGGAGUGAAGUUGCGUGUGUUAUCGCAGAAGAGUGCUCCACAAACGUGAAUAUUGUUCUUAGAGGCUUGAAGAGAUGGGUGCGAUUUACAAAUGGUGAUGGCGAUGGGCGCAGUGCAAACGAUGAACCGGUGCGGCUAGUUCUCCGCACUGAGGCAGAGAUGGACCCAAACCGCCAGCCGCGUUGGGCAUCACAGAUUUCACAUGAACUGGGAGACAACCCCCUUUCAAAGGCUGAACUCCUCGGAUGGGUUCGGAAACAUUGGCAAGAGGUGAAAGUGCUUGAAAAGGGGCGCGUUGCCGCAGCAAAGGCAGCAAGGCGUUGA